AUGAUUCCCUCUAAAAUAAUCAAGAGAUAGGAAUAACUUAACUCAAAUUCAAUCUAAGAUGUUUCUCAAAUGAAAAAGGUACAAAGUAAUCUAAUGUUGGUAUCUAAAGCAAGUAGUUUACCAAAAUAGUUUGAAAAGAAUGAGAAAUUAAAAACCACAGGAAAUAAAAUGGAAUCUUUUAAGCAUUCCAAAAAUAACUCUAUGAAUCAUUUAUCAACAACUGAGAACACUAAAAUCAUAGAUUCUAUCCAAAAUGUUUCAUCCAUUUAUAUUACUAACAAAACGGAAGAAAUCUAACUCAGAAAUGAGAUCCAUCUUAAAGCUUUAAUCAUUGCGGAUUUAAAUAAAAACAUUGCUUAAUUAUAAUAGUAAAAUGCAACCUACUAAGUGACGAUUUCAUAACUGGAAAAAGACGUUUAAUAAUUAAAUUAAACUAUAGAAAAAAUGUGUGAAUAAUUGACUGACUCUAGUAAUGAAUUUAACAAAGAGAAUAAAAUGCUUUAAGAUUAAAUUACAAGCAAAGAUAAAAUCAUUAAGUUUUUCAAAGCUGAAAAUUAAUAAUUAUUAACUAUUAUUAAAUAAGGUUCUUAUAACAAAACUAAAAUAGAUAAAGAGAAUCAACCCAUUGUGACUUAAGCUAAUCAAUAAGAUUAAAUCAAUUAUCUAAAAGAUUAGAUUGAUCUCUAAAGAAAACAGUUUUAAUAAACUGAAGAUUCCCUUUAAAAACAAAUAACUGGACUGAACUUAUUUGUAAAUGAAUUAUUUCAAUAAUAAUCAUCAGACAGAUUAAACACUAAUAUAAGUAGUAGAAACGAAAAAGAUACGAGGAAUAGAAAACUAUCUUUAUAAUAUGAUAUGGAUUCAUUUUAAUCGUAAUUAUAGCAUCUUGAUAAAUAAAAACAUAAAUUAGAUCAUAAAUUUGAUAAUAUUUAAUGCAAUCUGAAUUAGUUAACUGAAAAACAAUUAAACUCUGUUUGUACUGACAAUACUCAAAAUACAAAAGAAAUUAUUAAACUAAAACAAAUAGUUUAAAUAUAAAAGAAAUAAAUUGAGCUACAACAAAAAACAAUACUAAAUCAACAUUUCGAAAUUCAAAAUUUAUAAACUCUACUUUAUAAAAAUGAUCAAGAUAGUGUAUCUAAGAGAAAAGAAAUAAAAGAAAUUCAGGAUGAUAUAAUAACUAAUGAAUUUACUAAUUCUCCAAAAGAUGAAAUUUAUCAUUUGAAUGACAGCUAAAGCGAGAUUAAACCCAAAUACUAUUUGGAUAGUAUAUAAAAUACAUUUUAGAAAUUCUAAGUAAUAACAGAAGAAAGCACUUUUAGAAGUUGA